CCGUUUGAUUAGAGCGAUUUUUCUGUUUAUCAUUUUCUGCGCGUACAAGUGACUACUGAGUAUUGCAAUAGUGACUCUGUGCGUUAGACUUUUGCGCUCGAUCUCUGCCGUUUUCCGUGUCGUUUUUUCAAUGUCCUCGUUGCUGUCCGAAAAUUAGGUAUGGUGCCGCCCGCGUCAGACAAAUAAUAACGACUCCGAUCGUCCGGGAUUACCCAGAAUUGUGUGCGUCGUCCCCGGAGGAUUUCCACAAUGGCGCUAAUUGACCCCGCGCGAUCCAAAGCUCCAAGCCAGUCCGACGACUUCAUCGAGCUGUGGACAUGAGUUCUGGUGUUGGUUAGGCAGCUACCAAGACGAUUGUCGCCCUGGAUUUUUCGUCGUCGAUUACACUGCAGUAAUAUGGACGAGAAGAUCAAACCGGAUUACUGUCAUCUGGAGUCCGAUGCUCCAACAGUCGUCUCUGAAAAAGGUGUGCUGUUGAGAACCAGUGCUAGGGUGUCCAAAAAAUUACGUAUGACACCGGUGUCUACUUCACCUGGACCCAGUUGCACCAAAUUAGACUCAAAUGAUGCUCCAGUUUUCAAGUCUUCAAAAAUUAGGCGUGAACUUUGGUCAGCCGAGGAUACCAAUUAUUUUUUUGAAGGCUUAAAUGAGUUUGGCAAAGAUUUUGAAUCUAUUCAAUGGUUUAUGGUGAACAGAGCUAGGCGUAAAGGUUCUUGUGAACAAGCUAUUAAAAGUAAAGAGCAGUUAAGGCACUUUUACUAUAAGACAUGGCAUAAAAUUUGCAAAUAUAUCGAAUUUCCUAAAGAAAUGCAAAAAGUAGUGCAAGAGCUUUAUGGAUUAAUUAAUUAUGGCGAACUUAAACGAAGGAUUGGAUUUUGUAAUGAUAAAAAUUGGUCAAAAUUGUAUGAAAUGAUUUAUCAUGGUUCAACUAAAGUCAGGAGUAAAGGAAAAUUGUGGAAAGUUAAAACACCACAUUGUAGAGCUUUGAGAAAGCUCAAUUGUCUUGAAGAUACAAUUGGAGACUUAAAAUUACCGGGAAAAGUAAGUGUUGAAUUAAGGCCUCGUGAUAUGGAUACAUGGUCUUUAGUGCAAUCGCUUGCCAUGAACCCUCGUAUUAGAGCAACAGUUGAGUUACAGAAACCUUUAUCUAUGCUUUUGGCAUUUUUAGAAAAUAGAUGGCAAACAGAAAAUCGGAAACUUCGUGAACAAAUACACAGAGUUAAAACACUAGAAGUUGAUCAAGAAUCCAAAAGAAUUCUAAGAGUUGCUCCGGCUACUGGUGUUAAUAUUACUCCUAUUAGUGUAAAUUUUAGUGAUAUUGAAAAUACAAAUGUUAGUUUAUUAGCUCAUAGAAACACUCAUGGAAUUUCUAAAGAAUCUGUAGAUUCAAUUCUUCAAAAGUUUCCUUCAACCAAAGUUCAAAAACCAUAUGUCAAACGGGUACGCACAGAAACAGUUAAUUCUGCAUCUGGAUCAACUGGGAGUCAAGAGAGUAAUUCAACUUCAUGUCCGUCAACAAUGUGUCCGAUACCAGAUGUGAGUUACGAUGGUGAAAAAGGCUUGGAUAUUCUAAUGGCAAGUCCUCCCAAAAGUGAUCCAGUUAUUUCAUCACAUGAUCAAGAAAAAGAGAAGAAAGAUGAAUUUAUUGCAAGAGUCAAACAGGGAUGGACAUUGGCCAAUGUUGAAACUAUUAAAUUUGGGGAACUUUAUCUCAUAUGUGGUGGUGAAUCCAAAAUUCAACUUGAAUAUUGGUUUGAAGAUUGUGUUGAAGCUACCAGUCACAAUCGAAUAUCCCAAUCGCUCAAUAAACUCAUUUCUAUUGCUCAGUAUAAUUUAACUUCUUCUAAAGGCUGUUCAUGCGGUUCUGUGAACAAUAAACCACAUAGUUUGCCAAGACAGACAGAGAUUAAAACAGAGGUGGAUCAAAAUCAGCGUGGUGCAUACUCAUUAGUCAGUGGCUGUAAAGUUAUGGUUAACCCAUCAUCAGUAUUUAGACGACCUUUGCAACCAAAACCUUUGCAUUCGACUGGUUCAUUCAAAGCUCAACUUGAUAAAUUGCAACCAAGGUAUUGUAAUCGAACAGGACGACCGAGUAAUAAACAUGUGGGCAUUGUUCAAAAACUUCUGCCACUCCAGCCAAAGACCAGUUUAACUAUUGUGCAAACAUCUAACUUCAGGCCUAUUGUUCCAGCAAUUAGUUCUGAGCAGAAUCAGAUUAUGGACGGCGAAAAAUGUGAUAUUAACCAAGUAGAUCAAGCCCAGCUUUCACCAAAAAGAGUGCGGGAACCGCCCGAUGAAGAUAUUCCGGAUGAUGUAAGUAUCACAUCAUCCGCUAUAAACAGGUUAAUGGACAUAGCGUUGCCGUCCAUGAAUGAACUCUCAGCUCCAAAUUUUUCUGGUAUUUUAUCAAACUGUAGUGGUUCAACAUCAGCUAAUAGCUUAACAACACCAUCCACUAGUCCUUCUAGACUUUUGAAGGAUGAUAGCAAUCAAUGGCUUAAUCCAGAUAUGGACUUUUCAUUAAGUAGUUUCUUAGGUCAUCUAGAUAAAGAACAAAUGGCUGAAUCAACAAGGAAUGAUGAUCAAAAAGUUAUUUCAAAUGAUGUAGAAGCCCAAUUUCAGUGUCUUAUGAGUGAGAACAGUGUGGAUUACACUGCUAAGUUUGCAGAUUUAGCAGCACAAGUGGCUGCAAGCAAUAACAACUGCCAGUAACUUUCAUUAUUAUUUUUAACUAUUAUAUAUAUUUAUUGAAUUAUAAUUUAAUAUUUAACAAUGUUUUGUUAUUUAAUAAAAUAUUACAUUUUUUUUUUUG